AUUUGUGGUUAAGCUGAAAAGUCAAACGCAAUCACCGUAACCGACAACUCCAGGAGAGAAUAAUAAAAAUAAUAGUAAUAAUAAUAAUAAUAAAAAAUCAAAUAAGAAAAAAUUAAUAGUUGAAGAAUCCAUCAUGUCGAGUCUCGAGUUUCAACGAGUUGUACGUUCCACAACCAACCACCACAUCAACAACACGCGCUGGAUUCGUUAAAGUCGUCACUUCCGACUCCCUCCAUUAUUAUUAAGUUGAAGAAGGAGAGCUUCCUUCCCACUUCCGACGUCAUCCUCUCUCUCUCUCUCUCUCUCUCUCUCUCUGCACCCACAUACACAGUACGCCUUUUUCCAAUAUUUUCAGCUGCCUACCUUCUUCAGGUAACCACCAGUUGUUAUUAUUAGGUUUGGAGGAGAUUGUUUUGGGCGUUUUGUUUGGUGUGGAAUUUGGACUUUGUUUAGUUUUGUUUAGUUUUCAAUGGAGGUCAUGUCUCACUCCUCCAGCUUCUUGAUCCCUGCGAUACCGCCGGAUCAACGCUCUUCUCUGACCUACGCACUCGUUGUGCUUAACCAAAGCCUCCCCAGAUUUGUUCCCCUCCUCUGGAAGCACGCACAACUUCGCUUGUGUGCCGAUGGAGGAGCCAAUCGCGUCUACGAUGAACUCCCUUUGCUCUUCCCUCAUGAAGAUGCUCUUGAUGUUCGCAAUAGGUACAAGCCUGAUGUUAUUAAGGGGGACAUGGAUUCAAUCAGAACAGAGGUUCUAGAUUUUUAUACAAACAAUGGGACCAAGAUUAUGGAUGAAUCUGAUGAUCAGGACACCACGGAUUUGCAUAAAUGUGUAUCAUAUAUAUGUGACUUCGCACCAAACCUGGACAAGUCUAGUCUAUGCAUUCUUGUUGCUGGAGCACUUGGCGGACGGUUUGACCAUGAGAUGGGAAACAUCAAUGUCUUAUGUCGAUUUUCAUCCAUUCGAAUAGUACUUUUAUCAGAUGAUUGUCUCAUCCACCUUCUUCCCAGAACUCACCAUCAUGAAAUCCAUAUUCAGUCUUCUACUGUAGGCCCGCACUGUGGCCUCAUUCCUGUUGGAAUGCCAUCUGGAAGUACCACAACCACUGGACUUGAAUGGGAUCUUCAUGAAACGGAGAUGAGGUUUGGUGGUUUGAUAAGUACAUCAAAUAUUGUCAAGGGAGAGAAAAUAACAGUUCGAUCCGACACGGAUCUACUUUGGACAAUAUCUAUUAAAAAGCUUCAGACUGGUUGAGAAUUUGUGAUGAGGUGGACAGUGGACGGUGGACAGGCUAUUUUUUCUUCGAAUUCUCUCACACACAUAAAAGCCCAUUCGAUUAAUCUUAGGCAUCUCCAUGUUCAUAAAUAAAUUUUUUGUAAUUUCUUUUACUAUACGUUUAUUGGUAUUUAAUAUGAUUUAUUAUAUGUUUUUCUUCCAA